AUGUCGCUAUUUCGGAAACUUUUGGGGAGCAAUGAACCCCUUAAACCAGCCACACCACCCGGACACCAACCCAUGGGGGCCCAGUUGCAGCGAAAAUUUGCCAAAGGAGUUCAAUAUAACAUGAAAAUUGUUAUUCGUGGUGACCGAAAUGUUGGCAAAACAUGUUUGUUCUACAGACUUCAAGGCCAGAAAUUCCGAGAGGAGUAUAUCCCCACAGAAGAAAUUCAGUUCUUUCUUUCACUUACUCUUUCCUUCUUCCUUUCACUUACUCUUUCCUUCUUCCUUUCACUUACUCUUUCCUUCUUCCUUUCACUUACUCUUUCCCUCUUCCUUUCACUUACUCUUUCCUUCUUCCUUUCCCUCUUUCCUUCUUCCUUUCACCUCUUUCCUUCUUCCUUUCACUUACUCUUUCCUUCUUCCUUUUUCUUACUCUUUCCUUCUUCUUUUCUCUUUUCCUUCUUCCUUUCACUUACUCUUUCCUUCUUCCUUUCACUUACUCUUUCCCUCUUCCUUUCACUUACUCUUUCCCUCUUCCUUUCACUUACUCUUUCCUUCUUCCUUUCACUUACUCUUUCCUUCUUCCUUUCACUUACUCUUUCCUUCUUCCUUUCACUUACUCUUUCCUUCUUCCUUUCACUUACUCUUUCCUUCUUCCUUUCACUUACUCUUUCCUUCUUCUUUUCCUUUCCUUCUUCCUUUCACUUUUUUUCUUUCCUUCUUCCUUUCACUUACUCUUUCCUUCUUCCUUUCACUUACUCUUUCCUUCUUCCUUUCACUUACUCUUUCCUUCUUCCUUUCACUUACUCUUUCCUUCUUCCUUUCACUUACUCUUUCCUUCUUCCUUUCACUUACUCUUUCCUUUCACUUUUUUUGUUGAUGGAAUAG